UUGUGACGCAAUGAGGGCGUGGCCUCCGGUAAAGCCAUUGAAAUAGGCCGGAGUGACGGAAGAGCUUUCCGCUGUUUGCGUAACUGUCGGUGGAGAGCGCAGUCUGACAUCGCUGGGAGGAAAAUGUCCUGUUGGUUGAGGGAAGAGACUUUAAAGCUGGCAGAAGAUUAUCUCAGAUUCUGCAGUGGGAACCAACAGACGCCUCCCAGCGAGUCAGCACAAGCCAUGAGAUACCUGGCCAAAGAGUUGGAGCAGCAACACAGAAACAAAUUCCGGUCGCUCUCCCUGGAAUUCCUGGACACAUGCGGAUCAGAUCCCAGCAAGUGUUUGCAAAGCGUGAUGAGGGAACUGGUAGGAGAUGGCAAACUUAACUGGGGAAGGGUGGUCUCCAUCUUUACUUUCACUGGAGUGCUGGCCAAUGAGCUUUUGUCCAGAGGAGAGGAUUCGGGAUGCUCCUUGAGACUGGCCGAAACCAUAGCUGACUACCUGGGAGUGGAAAAACAGGACUGGUUGAUGGAAAAUGGAGGCUGGGAGGGUUUCUGCAGGUUUUUUCACAACGCCAGACAGCUGAACCAAGAGUCCUCAAUGAAGACCGCACUGUUCGCCGCAGCAGGAGUGGGUUUAGCCGGUUUAACGUUUCUCUUAGUCCGCUGAACACUUUAGGUUUUCUUUAACACACAUACGUAAGCACCUGACCUUUGUUUCCUGCCCAUUUUAAAAUGGCUCCUAUUGAGAAAACUUUCUUCAAGUUCUCAAUCGAAUGUUUUCUCCACAUCCACAUCUGGUAAUUCAUGAUGAUUGUACAUUCUGGACAUGGCCUUUAGGACAAAAGAUGUCAGUUCUUUACAUAUCUAACAUGGUGCUUUUAUUUUGUAAUUUCUCUUGUCACCCGUUCCUGUGUAAAUAUUGUUAGUUUAGAUAGUAUUUUCUGUAAGAGAGGAAUGAAACGAUACAACAUCGCUUCAUGCCGCUUCUCCAAUAUUAUGUUAACCCAUUAGAGUGCGCAUAUAUUUUAUAUCAACAUAUACCACAUUAUGUUCCUCAUCAGACCACUGUUCGCCGCCUUCACUUGUGGUUUACAAUUGAUAUUUACGCUUUUGGGAUGUCUCUCUUGGUUUCGUCCUAAAGGUCAUUUGUUUUAAAGGUGCUACCUUGUAGCUUCUUUUAUUUUUGUGAUUAUUCUGCCCACUUGUAAGUGACCAGUUUACUUUGUAAAUUUAUUUAUUUACCUUGUAAGAACAAAUUAUUACUAUUUAGGCAAUUCCCAACAAUUGACAAAGCAUUAUAUUUUUGCAUUGUUUUAUUUAUUAACUUCUUUCUUAAUAAAAUAAUUUUACUGUAAAUAUCA